CGCAGACGCUCAUAUACAUCGAAAACGCAGACACAGUUUUUUCCUUUAAAUAUACUGUUUUGACAGUUCUGAUAGGCCUUCCUUAUCUCUUGCAACUCGUCUUUGCAGACUUUGGUCUGCUCGCAAACCACUUCCAAGUUGGAAUUCUCCCGAAUCACCUAAUACUUCCAUUAUAUAGCGCUUGAAUAUUCGAAAUUCCCGAGCUUUUGCUUACCCCAAAUGCUCUGCUAGUUUUGCUUUUGUGAUCGGAGAAGUAAAAGCCUCUCAGUCUCUCAUAGACCGUUCGGCAUUUCGUGCGAUCAGCCGAGCCUGUCAGGAUGAUGCUUCAAUUCCCGGACCCGGUCAAGCUGAAAACCAAGAAGCUUGUGUUUGAGGAGGCAUAUGCCGCACGUGACUCUGCUACGCUUGAGCAAAUGAAGGAGCUCAGCUCCAAGCGCAGAGUGAUUGAGGAGUCCAUCAACGAGAGCAGCUCCAUCACCAAGGCUAUUGAAAGAGAAAUCUCUGGUGGGUUGACAUCUCACAUUCAGCAGGGCCUUCGCAGGCUUGAAGGGUAUCUGCCAUUAUUGGAAAAUUUUAUUUGCUAUACAGAUUUGAUUAGUAGCAACGGUCUGAUGCUGCGGUGGACUUCAAAUCUGAAGAUACGAUGGACCAGUGCUCUGAGCUCAUCAUCUUCUUUCUUUAACCUUAGGGGCCCAAAGUUUUUCCAAAUUGACAACUUGCGGUUUGAGCUUGGUAUGACCCUUUUUCUUUAUGGUGCAAUCCUUCGAGAGAGGGCUUUGGAAGCUCUGCCAGCAGAUUUGGUGCAAUCUGCCACCUUCUUCAGAGAAGCUGCUGGAGUUUAUCAUCACCUGGCUAAUGAGGUUCUUCCUUCUUUACAGCAUGCUUUGCCUGCAGAAAGGCCACCAGAAGCUGUCUCAUCUGUGUCCACUAUCAUGAGCCUCAUUUGUUUGGCAGAGGCCCAGGCUGUGACUAUAAGGAAGGCUGAAGAAAAAGGUAUUGCUAUAAGCGUCUUGGCAAAAUUGCACCAAGGUGUUACCCAGUUACUAGAUGAAGCUGAUGUCAUUUCUAGAGAGUGCAGAGAUAUUUCAUCGCGCUUUGUGGAAUUUAUAUUGUCGUGCAAAGCUAUACAUGAGUUAAGAAGUCAGAAAUAUCUUGCUGAAUCUGUGAAGAUUGCUGGCCAAGUCGGAGUUGCAGUUGGAGUUCUUCGUCUUGCACUGAUCAACAUUAAAAAGAAGAUGCCGGGUGAAGAGUCAUGGAAGUCAGUGUUCAGGAAGGAAAUUUAUAAUGUUUCUGAAAUGCUCAGGAAAUUCGAACAUGAGAAUGAAUUUGUCUGGCAUGAGAAGAUCGCAUCCGGGGAUGAGUUGCCAUUACCCCAAGGUAAGAAAAUUGUGAGUAUUAUACCCUACAAUCGCCAAAAAUGGGAGAGCGUACCUGUGUUCAAGAUAUAA